UCUAUGCAAUUUUUUUGUAUAAAAGGAGGAACAGUUUCUUAUUUUGCAUUCAAAGCCACUAGAGAGUGUUGUAAGGACAAGCUAUACUAAUUACUGUAUUUUCAGGGAUUUAUUUGGUUUUCUAUUAGUACGCAUUUGCACUCAUUAAUUAACGAAGGGAUCUUUAGUUCGCUAACUUUGAAGAUAACCUUGGAGCAGGUCAAAAAGGAAUUAUAACUUUAUAAAAGUGCACAAAACAGGAAAAACAGUCGGAUCCAACAUUUAAGCACGAUGAAAACCUUAACCGCACAGUCGCGCCUUGCAAUUUUCAUCUUCGGCGUAAUUGCCGCUUCAUUCCUAGUCCAGGAAUUACACGGGAGUCACUCAUGCCGAGAGUGUCACACGUUAGCCUCGGAAGCGUCUUCUCUUUGCUACGGUGGCGAUUUCUGUGGGUUGCUAGGCGACGGCAUGCAUCAGGACUGUGCGUCAUGCUUGUCUUAUGUAAGGUGCACUAACGGAGUGCGCGAAAACGUUCAGUGUCCCAAUGGGCAUGUUUGGAAUCAGGCCAGCCAGCAGUGCGACUGGCCUUGGGUCAGUGGAUUGACCUGUAAACUGACCAGCUCAGACAUCGUGACGGUCAGUGACUACCUGCGCGAGUCCGGUGAUUGGCAGAUGGGAGGUUAUGAUGGAAUGAUGUACAUGCAGUCCCUAUCCAUCAGCUUGAUGUCCGACCCUGUGGCGACACCUACUGCCUGCCCGAACUGCAUCACGGGAAAACUGAAAGCCCCCUUUCCCACGUCUGACGUCAUUCGGCCGGGAGAGGCCUGUAACGGGCGAUUUGGCGACUUUCAGACGUGUGAAUCCUGCCUUAAAGUCGCCGUCUGUUACUCCUACCCUCUGCCAAUUUCAUUCCCCUGUGAGGCGGGGAAGGUGUACGACCCCCAGGCUCCAAACCCUACGGGGAAUCCCACUAGCAAGUGCCUCGAGCCAUGGAAGACGAACGCGUGCUCUUUGACCGCCCAAGAUCAGGCCGCCAUUUGUUCCCAUUAUCAAGGCGCGACACCCGGGAGUGAAGCGGCCAUGUACUAUAGUACGCACUGUUAUUAAUGAGUCCACGGUUCGAUUCUCCACAGACCUUUUUCACUUUGCUAAUUUUGGUAAGAGGAUGAAUAGAUAGGGUCUGCAUUGUCAUUUGUGUGUGGACAUUUCUUAUUGUAAGUGUACCUGGCAAAGCGAAUUUAAAUAAUUCAAAGUGUAAACUGUGACUCAGAUAAUGUUAUCUGUCUUCACGAGAGAUUGCAUUAGAAAAAAAAAGAGACUACUUCCGUGUGGGGACAAUCAGUGCAGUGUGUAGAAUA